CUGCACGAAAUCAUCAGCGCCUGGAAAAAAGGGCAGGGAGCACGUGACGAAUCCCCCGCUGCUACGCGCUCACCGUUGCGGGCCGCGAUAGCUUCCCGCCGCCUUCGCCCGCCUCGUACGAAAACGCCACUCGCGGCUUCCUGCGGCGCGCUAUCCCUGUCUUCCCGCUUCCCAAAUCCCCGCUUCCCGCUUUUGAAAGCGCGCCACUUCCCGCUUUCCGCGCGGCAGCGUCUCGCUGUCCCUCGCUUCCUGCAAGCCGCUUUCACCCGCGUCCCGCUAUCGCUUGCUCCCCGCAUCCCGCUUUCCCUUGCGUCCCGCAUCCCACUUGCCCUCACUAAGCCGCCGCCGCCUCUCUCCCCUUCUUCCCGCCACCCGCUUCCCCUAGCUUCCCGCACGCCGCUUUCCCCCGCUUUCCCGUUUCUGCCAUUCCCCCCUUUCCGCAUCCCGCUUCCCCCGCUAGCGACUAGUAGCUCGCUUCCCGCUUUCCCACGCUGUCACGCGUCACCCGCCUCGUCGCGUGCCGCAAUCCGUGCCUCGGCACCCCGUGCGCUCCCCGCAGACAACCUUACAACAAGCCAGGCUUUACUCCAAACCUAUCCACUCACACCCCCGUGCAUCUCCCAACAAACCACAUUCCGUGGGUGAUCAUCGUGCGGCCGCACAGCAGACAUUCAGAGCCGGUUUCGGCAUGGCGGCGAGGCAGCAGCAGUCGCGGGGGCAGCGGUGGGCGCGUGGGCGGGCAACGUGGGGAGCUCGGUGGCGCUGGUGAUGGUGAACAAGGUCGUCAUGUCACGCUACGCCUUCCACUUCGCCACGACGCUGACAGCGCUGCACUUCGCGGUGACGGGCAUCGUGGGGUGGCUGGGAGGGGGCGCGCGCAGGGGCUCGCCUUGUGUGCCGCUGCGGGAGCUGGUGGCGUUCAGCGUUGUGGCGAAUGCGUCCAUAGUGGGGAUGAACUUCAGCCUCAUGCUCAACACCGUCGGCUUCUACCAAAUUGCGAAGCUGAGUGUCCUGCCCACGGUGUGCGUGCUUGAGUUCGCCCUGCACGGCCGCCGCUAUCGCCUCUGGUGCUGGGCGCCAUAGCUCUGGUGGUGGCGGGCGUGGCAGUGUGCACCGUCACCGAUGUCUCCAUCCGCCCCCCUGGCCUCGCUGUUGCCGCCCUCGCCGUCGCAGCAACAGCCCUCCAGCAAGUGGGCAUAGCCAUGCUGCACUCGCGCCACGCCAUCGACUCCAUGAGCCUGCUCUCCCUCACUGCUCCCACACAAGCUGCCUCGCUGCUGCUCCUGGGGCCAUCCACGGACCAGCUGCUGCUGGCGGGCCAGUCCCUGUGGCGCACUCACGUCAGCGCUGCUGCAUGGGCAUGCAUCCUGCUGUCGUGCGUGUGCUGGCCAUCUUCUGCAACCUCACCCAGUACCUCUGCAUCAGCAUGCUCUCUCCUACCUCCUUCCAGGUGCUGGGCAACAUGAAGACGGUGCUGGUGCUUGUGCUUGGCUGGAUGCUAUUUGACUCCUCUCUCACCCCGGCUAAUGUGGUGGGCAUGGCCAUGGCUGUCUCAGGCAUGGUGCUCUACUCCUAUGCUGCCCAUGGCAAGGGGAACAAAGGUCGCACAAAGGCUAACAGUGCAAGUGCUGAUGCAUCAGAGAAAAAACACAAGUGACUCACAUGGUGAUACUGUUAGAAUAGCGAAAUGAACUCUAGCAGGGCAUACAGGUGGAAUAUAUGAGUUGGUGUUGUACUUGUUAUAAGUGUUGUGAUAAAAUCGUACUUAAGCAUUUCU